AUGUCGGCACUCGAGGCUGAGCGCAGGCACUACCGGCCUUGCGUGCCGGCGGUGCUCCGGGUGCGCGUACGCGCAGAGCCCGCGCAGGAGCGCACGACGUGCGUCUCGCACGAGGAUCUCAUCGCGAGCGCCUUUCCCACGCUGUACGGCAGCCCUGUCGUCAGCCUCGUGCCGGCCGAGACCGACACCUCCGUCGCACCGAGGCCGCUGCGCGUUGGCUGCGUGCUCUCGGGCGGCACUCCUGCGGCGGGCGGGCACAACUGCAUCUGCGGACUCUUUGACCACCUCGAGGCAUUCCACCCCGGCUCGACGCUGCUCGGCUUCCGCGGCGGCCUCCGCGGCGUCCUGCGAAACUCGUUCACAAAGCUCGAGGCGGCGACGGUGGAGCGGCACCGCAACUCGGGCGGCUUCUUCAUGAUCGGCUCGGGCGGCGACCUCAUCGAGACCGAAGAGGAGCUCGCCCUCGCCCACUACGAGCUGGCGGAGGCGACCUGCAGGCGGUGCGGGCUGAGCGGGCUCGUCCUCGUGGGCGGCCCCGUCUCCAACUCGGACACGGCGCUGCUGGCGGAGCACUUCAAGCAGCGCGGCGUCCCGACGCGCGUCAUCGGCGUCCCCGCCACCAUCGACGGCGACCUGUACUGCAACUCGAUCGAGGCGUCCAUCGGCUUCGACACCGCCACGCGCGUGUACGCCUCCCUCGUGGGCAACCUCGCCACCGACGCCGCCUCCGCUCGCAAGCACUGGUACUUCAUCCGCAUGAUGGGCCGCACGCCCUCCCACCUCACCCUCGGGUGCGCCAACCUCACGCAGCCAAACAUCGCGCUGGUGGGCGAGGAGCUCGAGGCGCGCCGCAUGACGCUCUGCGACAUCGUUGGUGAGCUGGCCGACGCCGUCGAGGCGCGCGCGUCCGAGGGGAAGCACUUUGGCGUCGUGCUCAUCCCCGAGGGGCUCAUCGAGUACGUCCCGCAGGUCAACGCGCUGCUCAGCGAGAUCUCGGCCGCGCUCAAGUACCGCCAGCGGAUGGGCGACACCUCCACCGACCGCUACAAGGUCUACACGGCCAUCCUGCCGCUCCUCACGCCGCCCUCGGCCGCGCUGCUCGCGAGCCUGCCGCCCUACAUCCGCCGCCAGCUGAUGCUUGAGCGGCAAGCCUCCGACGACAAGGCGCAGCUCUCGCAGAUCGAGACGGAGCGGCUGCUCGCGGAGCUCGUGCGCGUCGAGCUGCGCAAGCGGCGCGCGGCCGCCACCGCCACCGCCGAGUGGGCCGCGCCGGACGCGCGCUUCGCGCCCGUCUGCUUCUACCUCGGCUACCAGGCGCGCUCCUCGAUGCCCUCCACCUUCGACGCCAACCUCGGCUACGCGCUCGGCCACGCGGCCGGCGCGCUGGUCGGCGCCGGCGCGACCGCCUACAUGGCCUCGGCGCACUGCCUCACCUCGCCGCCCUCCGAGUGGCGCCUCUGCGGCGUCCCGCUCUUCUCGCUCAUGUCGGCGGACCGGCGCGCCGGCGUGGCGGUCGCAGUCAUCCGGCCGGCGCAGGUGUCGCUCGCAUCGCCAACCUUCCGGCGCUGGUCGGCAGUCCGCGAGCGGCUGGUCAUGGCGGACCUCUACUGCAACCCGGGCCCGAUGCAGCUCUCCGGGCCGCUCGCCGCCGGCCCCUCGCCCGGCCGCGUGCAGGCCGAGCACGCCGAGCGCGGCCGCGACGUCGCCGAGGCGCAGGCCAUCUGCCGCGAGGUGUCGGCGGCCUGUUGGCCGGGCUGCUCGGGCGACGUGCUGCGCACCGCCCUCGCCUCGCUGCGCGCGCUGCGCGAGCACCUCGACGUGCUCGAGGAGCGCGACCAGGCGGCCAUGACCAACCCGGUCGGGAGCAGCCACAGGAGGAUCACGCAGGUGACGCACGAGCAGAUGCUGCGGCGCGACAACUGA